UUUGUAAACAACUCAGCGCAACGCUUCAUUUAUUUCUCAUUAGUUUGUUUUUAGUUUUGUGACCAUUGGAAUUCUUUACAAUCAUUCCAAAAUGAACAAUUUAAUGAAAACUUUACUCGUCGCGAUCAGUAUUGGAUCUGCCACUGCCAUUCGCUGUUACCAGUGUUCUUCGCAAACGGACCCGAUCGGUCAGGAUAACUGUGGAGCCUACAAAGCGUUCAACAUCACGCAAAACAUUGCCAUCGAAUGCAACAGCGAGGAAUCUCAUAUGCCCGGUUCCUUCUGCAUGAAGGUUGUGCAUCAAAGUCCGAGAGGAUUUAUCUGGGAUGGACGAUGGCGUCAGGUCAUUCGGCAGUGCGCAUCCGUCUCGGAAACCGGUGUGACUGGAGUUUGUAACUGGGGUGUAUACGAGAACGGCGUCUAUUGGGAAGAAUGCUACUGCGUGGAGGAUGAGUGCAACGAUGCACCGAAAACUGUACCCGCUCGAUAUGCCGUACUGUGUCUGGUUUUGCUACAAACAUUUUUUCUAGCUAAGAUUCUUUCGUAAGCAUUGAUCGGCUCACAAUUUCUUGUGCAUUCCAUGUCCGAUAGAAUUCACAUCCGUCCAGUUGUACCGUCCAAUUUAGAUCUGAAUCAUUCCAUCGUAAGGUAAAACUAGCUGUUUAUAAGCUCCAAGACAAAUCAAAAUAUGUUUUAAAAAGAUAAAUUUUAAUAAAAGAAGAAUGUAAAUCUAUACAUCUCACAUGUUGGAUUUUCGU